GAAAAACUAAGCUUAAAAGUUGAACAACAAAAUUAUUUUGCAAACUCAUCUUCUGAAUAAUUUGUCAAUAACUCUACUUUCUGGUUAAUUUAAUUAACAAAACUACUUCAAAAUGACUGCAUCAUCUAAAAUGGAAAUCGAUUGUGGACCUCGAGGAGAAGGAUUUAGAAGCUAUUACAUCCAGAAGAUUGAGGAACUGCAGCUUAUUGUCAAUGAAAAGAGUCAAAAUCUUCGUCGUUUACAAGCUCAACGUAAUGAGUUGAAUGCUAAAGUUCGUAUGCUACGUGAGGAACUACAAUUGCUUCAGGAACAAGGAAGUUAUGUUGGAGAAGUUGUAAAGCCUAUGGAUAAGAAGAAAGUAUUGGUUAAAGUACAUCCAGAAGGAAAAUUUGUUGUUGAUGUUGACAAAAACAUUGAUAUUAAUAAUGUCACUCCAAACUCUCGAGUUGCACUCCGCAAUGAAUCUUAUACUUUGCAUAAAAUCCUUCCAAAUAAGGUUGAUCCAUUGGUAUCAUUGAUGAUGGUUGAAAAAGUUCCGGAUUCUACUUAUGAAAUGGUUGGUGGCUUGGAUAAGCAAAUUAAGGAGAUUAAAGAAGUUAUUGAAUUGCCUGUUAAGCAUCCUGAGUUGUUUGAAGCUUUGGGAAUUGCUCAACCAAAAGGUGUGUUACUUUAUGGACCACCUGGAACUGGCAAAACAUUAUUAGCAAGAGCAGUCGCUCAUCAUACCGAAUGUACUUUUAUUCGCGUGUCUGGAUCUGAAUUGGUCCAAAAGUUCAUCGGUGAAGGAUCUCGUAUGGUCCGUGAAUUAUUUGUUAUGGCACGAGAACAUGCUCCAUCAAUCAUCUUUAUGGAUGAAAUCGAUUCCAUCGGUUCCUCAAGAAUUGAAUCCGGAAGUGGUGGAGAUUCUGAAGUUCAACGUACUAUGUUAGAAUUGUUGAAUCAAUUGGAUGGUUUUGAGGCCACAAAAAAUAUUAAAGUCAUUAUGGCGACAAAUCGAAUUGACAUUUUAGAUCAAGCUUUGCUGCGACCCGGAAGAAUUGAUAGAAAGAUUGAGUUUCCAGCACCCAAUGAGGACGCACGCUUAGACAUUCUUAAGAUUCAUUCGCGCAAGAUGAACUUGACACGUGGUAUUAAUUUGAAGAAAAUUGCUGAAUUGAUGCCGGGUGCUUCAGGCGCCGAAGUAAAAGGUGUGUGCACUGAGGCUGGAAUGUAUGCGCUACGUGAGAGACGAGUUCAUGUAACCCAAGAAGACUUUGAAAUGGCAGUGGCUAAGAUUAUGCAAAAAGAUAAUGAAAAGAAUAUGUCCAUUAAAAAGCUGUGGAAGUAAACUGUCAUAUUAUCUUUUUCAUACUUUAUCAUCAUAUAUUAUUUUAAAUGCUGUAAUAGGAUAUACAUUUUUUUUGAUUCUGAUUUUUUCAAUAAAAAAUAAAAUACCUUAAUAAUCGUA